GUUCCGUCCGUUCUUACAGGUCAAUCUCAACAACCAAGUCAAUAUGUCUUUUCGAGGAGGAGGUCGCGGUGGCUUUGCCACUGGUGCCAAUCGCGGAGGUUCCUUCGGUGGCCGUGGUGGCCGCGGAGGCUUCCAGCAGCCAAUGGGACCACCAGCACAAGUUUUGGAGAUGGGAUCUUUUAUGCAUGCUUGUGAGGGCGAGAUGGUGUGCGAAUCGAUCAACCCGAAGAUUCCUUAUUUCAAUGCUCCUAUCUACCUAGAGAACAAAACACCUAUUGGAAAAGUCGACGAGGUUCUUGGUCCCAUCAACCAGGUCUACUUCACCAUCAAGCCCCAGGAAGGAAUUGUCGCAACUUCUUUCAAGCCUGGUGACAAGGUCUACAUCGGUGGGGAUAAGCUCCUGCCUUUGGAGAAGUUCCUUCCUAAGCCUAAGCCACCACCGGGUGCUGCUAAGCCUAAGAGAGCCGGAGGCGCUGCCAGGGGUGGUGCUCGCGGUGGUAGAGGAGGCCCUCGCGGUGGAGCGAGAGGUGGACGCGGCGGAUUUGGCGCUCCUAGAGGAGGAGGUGGCUUCCGUGGUGGAGCUAGAGGAGGCGGAGGCUUCCGUGGUGGAAGCGGUGGCUUCUCCAGGGGAGGCGGCAGAGGAGGACCUCGUGGAGGUUUCCGACGUUAGACAGUCUCCGUCUUGCUUAGCACUGUCUUAUUACGGCGUUAUGGGAAAACGGGAGCUUUUGCAGGAACUUUUUGUGUCAAUUUUUCUGUGCAUCCUAGGUGGCUUGCCUAUUCGCAAAGGCUGUAGUCUAAUUCAGCCAUUAAAUGAAUGUUAUUAUACGAUUGAA